GAAAGAGUGGAUAAGAACAAUCUGUGUUCAAUAAAAGUUUUUAGAUUGAUUACACGGAAAUAUGUUCUCUUCUACGAGUCGAAACUUUAACGAAUGAUCCAAUCAGAAUGCCCUUGAUAGAAGCAUGGAUCAAAGCAUGGCUCUACUUGGGAUUUAUGAUUGGAUAUUCCAGGACGGCGCGUCCACAAUUCGACAUUUCUACGGAUAUGGAGCUUGUUCUGGUUCCAGCAGAUGCAGAAGUGAAUUCUGUAAUUUUUCGUUUACGUGCCACCGAUCAGGACGCCGAUUUUCCACUUAUUUUCGAUAUUACUGCCACAGCAAGUCCAAUAGUCCGGGUUGAAAAUUUACCAUGCACAUUGUACAACAAAGUGUGUCAAGCUAACGUGAUCCUUGUGAGGCGUUUAAUUCCCGGAAGACUUCACGACUUCGUUGUCAGAGUUAAAGAUUCUAAAGGAAACUCUGAUUCAAUGCAAGCCACUGUUUCCGUCACAAAUUCUACAACCCCCCGAGACAAAAUAUUUGCACACAUUCCUUCUCUAAUUAUGGUCCCAGAGGGGAGUAAUUUGUUUAAAAUCAGACAACGACAAACCACAGUCCAAACGCUAGGGGUAAUUACGCUUAUCGGGGAAUUGGAUUUCGAAACUCAAUCCAUGUACACCCUCACAAUCUAUGCAACGGAUCCAUAUACUGAAAGAGGAUUGGACACUCGAAAUAUUGCAGGAUUACAGGUCGUGGUUGUUGUUCAGGAUGUUCAGGACGUUCCUCCGAUUUUUACUCUUGCACCCCCUUUGACAAAAAUUAAUAAUACUGUGCAGCCCGGGGAUGUAAUUUUAAAAGUUCAUGCAGAAGAUGGAGAUAAGGGUGUUCCUCGAAAUGUAACAUACGGUCUUUUGUCUGAAAGCAACCCCUUCGUUUCAUUUUUCAACAUUUCUGAAAUUACUGGUGAGAUUAUUCUGGCUCGACCCUUGCAAGAAUUGACUCAAAUAACGUAUGUUGGAGCACCUGUAGUACUUAAAGUCGUUGCUGAGGAAAUAAGAAGGACAAGGGAAGAACCACCAGCUCAAUCAACUGUCGUAGAAGUUGGAUUUUUAUUAGGAGAACCAGGAAGCAAUCCUCCACAUUUCGAAAACGAUAAUUACAUGGCCUGGCUGGAUGAAAAUGCUGAACCAGGCAAAGUGGUAAUGUUCAGUGACCCAUAUUCGACGAAAGUCAAAGACGAAGAUGUUGGUAAAGCUGGAGUGUUUGCCCUUAAGCUGGCCGGCAACAAUGGAACUUUCGAGGUCAGCCCAGCUGUCGGAGAAAGAUCGGUUAAUUUUAUAAUUACAGUUCGAGAUAACAGUCUUAUUGACUAUGAAUUGCAUCAAAGUCUUCAUUUUAAAAUUACAGCCCAAGAAGUUGGGCCUUCGACAAAUUUAUCAGCAACUGUUCCAGUAACGAUAUUUUUAAGAGAUGUUAAUGACAACUCACCAAAAUUUGAUAUUGAAUUUUAUGAAGUCGAAAUCUCAGAAAAUUCGACAGUAGGGACAAAAGUAGUUCAGGUUCAUGCAACUGAUAAAGAUUCCGGAUUGUAUGGAAUGGUUCUGUAUACUAGAAUCACGGGACCUGGUAGCGAAGCAUUUACAAUGGAUCCCAAUACCGGAGUAAUAUCCGUCGCUAUGGGGAGUAAACUCGAUCGAGAAUUGACUUCCCGAUUACACUUGUCAGUGGAAGCACGAGACGAGGUUGGCAGAGGUCUCAGAGGCGUUGUUCCUCUGAUCGUAAACUUGUUAGAUGUUAAUGACAACGUUCCAAUAUUCGAUAAACCUAGUUAUGAGUUCACACUUAAUGGAGAACUGACCAAUUUUUCCAUGCCAGCUUUCCUAAAGGCGACUGAUGCUGAUGCGGAGCCUCCGAACAAUGUAGUGCGAUACGAAAUAAUACACGGGAACUACGACAACAAGUUUUAUUUGAACGAGGUCACGGGAGAAUUGGUUUUACGAGAUCCUGUUAACAAAACAAGAUACAUUAGGCAGAACACUUACCCAAAGAGUGCCAAGGAAAAGAAUUCAAGAACUCUAGAGCCUGAUGGAAAGAUAAUAAAAAAUGCUUCAGAAAUUGUUAAAAUCUUGGAGAGUACAAUUCAGGGUUACAAAAUUAAUAAAACUAUGGAUGCAAAUAAUGAAGAUGUUCGAACCAAAAGAGCUGAGGAAGGCGCCCUUUUCACUUUAACUGCAAGGGCUUACGAUUUAGGAGUGCCACAUCUUUCAAGUCAAACGCGAAUACGAGUGUUGAGAGGAGCUGUGAUGGGAGUUCGUACUGUACUGUUUGUAAUGCCUGAAGAACAUCCGGAUCCGGAGAAAACUGCCGACACAUUAGCUGCCAUUACUGGGGGACGAGUUAUUAUUCUGGCGAUUCGACCCUACAUUCCGCAGCCAAGUGAUUCUGACGGUGGAAAAAAAAGUGUGAUCGAGGCCCGUGUGGAGCAAAAGGGCUCAGGAACGUUAGUGGACAUCGAGAAAAUUAGAGACAUAUUAGCAAUUAAUGGAGUUGGGGUGAUAAGUAAGAUGGACCCCAUUGAUGGAACGUUACCAGAAGUCACCGCGAACAAAAAUAGUUCUGUUUCGAAACAAAAUGAAGCAGUAACAGUUUACAAGACUGAGAACAAGCUCUUAACGGGGCUGCUGAUUCUAUUGGGUGUUCUUGUCCUCCUUGCGAUCAUAUGUUUGAUAAUAUGCUGCAUAUGUCCUGGAUGUCCGUUUUACAUGGAGCCUAGGAAAAGAAGAAUUCAUUCGAGUGAGACGCUGAUUUAUAGAGAGGAUGGACGACCACAUCGACAUCUACGAAGAAAGCGUCCUAUUCUAGAAGGUGUAAUAACGGAUUCCACCAAAAAGCAAGCUUGGAGUGCAGAUCCCAUGAAGAGAAACUGGCAGUUCAACCGACGAAACACGAAACAAUACGGACUAGCAUCUCUUCCAGGUGAUGUGGUUCGAGAAAUAGGAGUGGAUAUCGAACCAAAGAGGAACGCACUAUCAUUAAGAUUACCAGAGAGUCCGAUCCCAGUUCACAGAAUCAGGGAAUUUAUUCGAAGGUCAGAUGAUGACAGGAUAUACAUAGAGGAUGUGGAAGCUCAUGCUAGAAAUUAUGAUGGAGUUGAUGUAGAUUCGAUUCGCAGGCACGAAAUUGCGAGAGGUUCAGAUGUAUCGCGUCAAAAACAACUGGCUAAUCAGUACGCUAAGAUUCGGGAACAACACUUCUUCAGAGAAGGAAAUGCUGAAGUUAUGAGAUUGGUGACAAGAGGUCUGGAUGAGGAACGAGUUCGAGCUCAAAAACGCGAUCAGCUUCAAGGACAAGGUCAGGCUCAUCUUCCAGCUACUCUAGUAAUCGAGCAGCCCUCUCAUCUUUACAGAAAUGGAAAGGAUAUUUUACUACAAAGGUUUAUUGAAGAUCAAGAAAUGCGACAAGAUCUGCAUGGUAGCAGACAUGAUAUAGAAGGUGUUAGCAUGGAAUCGCACCAACACCUUAAGGAAAUGUCACCAAUAAGACAGGAAAUUCUACUAAUUCCUCAGAGGUUGGAUCCUGAUCAGAGAUACCAUUAUGAUGAUUUGGGACCAGAUUUUCAGCGACUGGUGAUUGAUCGAGAGAAUUAUGGAAAGAAUAAAGAAAAGGAAGAGCACACAAAAGAUAGUACAGGAAGUCAAGGUCCAAGAGAAGGAGGUGGAGAAACCUUGGCUAGUAAUCCGGUAUCCAAGAUUGCUGGAAAUUCAACAAAUGAUCGUAUUCAGUCUAAUGUGCAGACUUACACGAUAAAUGAUGUUGAGCUAGUUAGACAAAAUGCUCUUCUUACUAGAUUACUUUUGGAGAAAGAAACGACCAGAAAUGCUGGAGAAACUUUGUUGGAUGUAAAUUAUCUUGAGACUCAGAGUCUUCCUGGUCAAGUAGCAACUGCAACUCAAACAGAAAGGUCAACCGCGACUCAAACUGAUCGUCAAGUUCGUAGUAGAAGUGACAAUGAUGAGUCGGAAAAUGACGAUCGGUUAAGGAAAAAGACAAAGGUUAAGAAAAGAUCCGAGGUUCAACCGAAACUGGUCAAGACGAUUUGGAUCAAGUCGACUAUUCCGGAAGAGAUACAUCGAAAGGAUUGUGAUCACUCAAGUGAUUGUCGGCAGAAGAUCAUUAACUCAUGGGAAAAUAAAAGAGCUUCAGUGUCGCCUGAGGUGCUUCAAGAAAUUUCAGAUUCAUUAGAUGAACAAGGAAAUAGUAGUUCUCCAAGGGAAUAUGAGGAAAAUGAUUCGCUAAGGACUCAUCAAAGUAUUACUGGAAAGGAGAAGCUUAAAAUAUACGAAGGGAAAACUGAUUCCACUUCUCCCGAAACAGAAAAAGAACGUUAUUCGAAAGGUAGAGCUAAGAAUGUUAAAGAGAAGUCUAGUUCUGUGGUAAGUACUGCUAGAAAAAAGGGAGAGCCUAGUUUUCAUGUAUUAGAAAAAGAGAUCAGUUCCUUGCAAAAAAAGAUUCGCACCUUUGGCCAAAGGAAAUCUAAGAAGGUUGAGGAAGUAGAUGAAGAAAAUGAUACUUUAGCAUGUGAUUCUAAGAAGGAUGAUAACAAGUUUAAAAAAAUAAGAGAUGAAAAGAAAGAAGAAUUGAAACAGUAUCUAGAAUUGAAACUUGAUAGAGACUUAAAAACUAAUUUCUUAGCAAAGGAAAUUGAAUCGUUUCAGAAAAAGGAGGAAGAGGAUAGGUUAAACAAGAGACCAUUGAAGUAUCAGCAUUCCGUUCAAAACGUUAGCUUAGAAAUUUCGGACCAGGAAGAUUUUCCGGCGAAAGGAAAGAAUUAUGUAAUAAAAAGGAGUAAUGAGCAAUCUAGUGCAAAAAAAUCUUUUGGAAGCUUCAAACUUAAAAGACAAUCUAGAUUGCAGGUUUCAAGAGGAACAGUGAAAAAUAUUCUUUCUCGAACUAAGGAGGUUACAAAAAGGAAGGCUAAAGAAUUGAAAAAGGAAGAUAAUUCGUCUGAAGAUAAAAAACCGUCUGAAGAUAGACGAAAGAUUGGACGAGGGGAACUUGGAAAACAAGUUACAGAAGGCUGUAAAAUAUCUCUUAAGUCUAGCACUGAUGUUUCGAAAAAAGCAUAUAAGAUCGUUAGUACUCGGGUGGAAGCCCCUACUUCAAAGAUGGUGCCCGACGAGAAAGAAAAAAAGUCAAAGGUUGCUGAAGGUGGGAAGCAUAACGUUCAAUUGGAUAAGGAUAGUCAUGAAGUAGACGAAAAAUUAUCAGAUCAGCAAUCCAUUCCUGGUGUAAAAAAUACAAAUUUUGUAGAUCGAGAACCUCUUGUAACAACUAGUACUGAAAAAUUGCCGAUUGAUCAACAUCCUAGUAGAACAGAUAGUGAAAAACAACAGGGUUUGAAACGGCAAUCUGAAACAGGAGAUGGAAGGCGUAAAAACAUUUUGGGCGAGCAACAUAAUACAAAAUAUUUGAGGCGGGAAGAGUUAAAACAAGAAUCUGCUACAGCAGAUGGAAACAGGGUUUUGCAUCAUGAGCUUGCUUCAAAAGAUAACGAAAGGGAAAUGAUUUUAAAUCAAAGAUCCCCUGUAACAGUUCAAAGUGGAAAACCCCCUUCAAAUAAACAAGAUAUUACGAUGGAUGCAGAAAGUAAACAUUCCUUAAAACAACAAGCUCUUGUUACAGGCGAUAAGAGUUUGUCUUCUGUAACACAACAUGAUAUAACAGACGACAACAGAAGAUUGUUAACAGAACAAACCCUUGCAUCUGAAGAUAUGAAAUUUUAUGUAGGUCCGCAAUUUAUAAUAACAGAUGAGGCUAUAAAACCUUCUCUAGAACAGCAACUUGUUGCAGCAUAUGAAGAUGAAAAACCUUCAUUAGAUCACCAAUUUUCUGGAAUAGCUGAUUGCAGCAAACCUUUUUUACAGCAACAAAUUAGUGCAACAGAAAGAACCAAAACGUUGUCAAAUGAAGAAUAUAUGGAUACAAAGAAAUCAAGUCCAAAACUUCAAAAGCUGAUGCUGGAGGGAGAUGCCAUGAGACAUAGAGAUGCCUCUCAGAAGUCGACUGACACAAGUGAGGAUACUAACUCUACAAUUAAACGUCCUAAUAGUGUUACACAAGAGAAUAAAGCUGAUACAGAUUUACAAUCCCCAACUUUAGAUCGUAAAACUGAAAACGAAAUUAAACACAGUGGAACAUUAUCAGGAAAUGUGAGGGGAAAAAAUAAGGAAUUAGGGGAAAGUGAAGAGAAUAUGUCAGAAGAUCAGGAUUGGAAAAGAAAAAUUGAAAAAAGAGAUAAAACAGUAAGUCCUAACAGCAGUUCCAAUAUUGUCCAUUCAAGAAGUCAUGAGGUAGUAUUUAAACUUAAGCAAGAUUUUCCAUACGUGAAUUUACCUAAAAGUUACGCAUGUAAAAAAAUGGUUGUUAAACAUGAAGAUACUGAAAGAAAAAAAAGAGGACAAUCAAAUACAGUAGAAGAUUGUAUUCGAAAUGAAAGAGUGGAAUUAGAAGAAGAAAAGAGAUUGGAGGGUGAUAUGAAAGUUGACAAAGAAGAUAAAAAAGAAGUUGGUGUAAAAAAAGAAAGGAAUAAUGAUAUUCUAACAGAAAGUAAGGAAACUGUCGAUGAUACAAAAGUAACUGAUGUUAAAACAAAACCAGAGGCUCCAAAAGUUCCAAGAUUAACGAUAACUGAUGAAAAAUCAGAUCAAAAUAAACAAUCAACAUCUUCUACUCCUAGCUCAACUGGAAAAGAUAUCAUUUGUCGAAAUGUAAAUGUAGAUCCUACUGUAUCUGAUAGUGGUACAACAAAAAUGAUACCUCCAAAGAAAAGAGAUGAAAAAUCAGAAAUAGUAGAAAUAUCAGAUGUUUCAGAAAAAGUAGUAACAGCUGAUAAUAAAAAAGAUAUGAUAACAAAGAUAGUAGAUAAGUCUCCAGUAUCUAAAGCAUCAACUCCAAAGUCAAAUUCUAUAUCUAUGGAGUCAGAUUUCACUGCCGAACCGGACCAAGGAACCAUUUCUGAUUCAGUGGUUAGCAUGGACCAACAAUUCACAACAAAUUUAAACAACAAAACAUCAGCUACACCCAUUAGAAUGAGUUUCCGAGAUGAGGAUCAUGAUCGAAAAAUGGCUAAAGUUUUAGCAGAAGAACAACAGCGGUUACAAAGACUGGAACUUUUAUACAAAAAAUUCAAUGAAUCUGAAGACGAUAGUGAUUUCUCGACAGAUAGUGAUAUGUCUAGUAAGACAAUUUUCACAACACAACCUUAUCGUACUCCUCGGCACUCGCCAACUAGAGAACUAACAGAUGAUGAGUUUAAAAUAACAGAUAUCAAGGAUGUACAGCAAAUUAUAGCACGCGAUGAUAAGAAUGUGAAAAAAGAUUCUGAAGCAAGCCCUCGAAUCUUGCAAAAAGAAACUGGAGAAGUUACAUUGGCAGGUUUUUAUCAAAGAAUACCUGAACAGGUUGCGGUUGCUAUAUAUGAUAAGAAAAUAGAUGUUAGGGAAGAAAGAGAUUAUCAUAAACCUGUAGUAGUUGAUUCACUGAAGAAACAGAAUCCGAAAGAACCAAGCAUUACACAAAAAUCUGAUGGUAGGAUCGAAACCCGUCUAAGACCAUCAAAAAUGUUGGAUCCAACAUCUUUACCAGAUAAAGUAACAAAAAACUCUCAUCUUUCAAAUGAAGAAGUAAGAGGAAAAUCUAAAUUCGUUAGGGAUAAAUCUCCCCUUGUUACUGAAGUUGAAAAAGGACCUCAGUAUGCUAAAGUUCGGCAAGAGUUUUCCAAAAUGGAGGGUUCAAAAUCUAUCCGGAAAUCGAGAAAACAAUCAGUUCCAAAGGAAAUUACUAAGUCCCAUAUGUUAGAAGAUAGCGCAAGAAGGGAGCCUAGGAGAAGACACAAAUCGCCAAAGGGAAUAGAGAUCGAAAAACCUAAAGGUACUGAAAAAUUUAAUACAAAAGAUUCCGAACCUAGGAAGAUGAUUUCGAGAAGAGAGGAAAGGAAGUUUCCUCUUGAUAAAGCUGCUUCAAUCACUAAUAUUGAGAAACAGCCGAAGAAAGAAACACAUCCAAGAAAGAUAGACAGAAGCUUUUCAUCACAUAAAGAAGUGAAAACACAUCUUUCUGAUGAAGAAAUCAGAAGUCCUCAAAAGUUGCCAAUAGUUGUAAAAAAUGAACAAGAGCCAGAUCAGGAUAAGAAACAAUCUCCUAAAUCGCCCAGAAGGGAAUUAAGAAAACCAGUUGAAGAAACGCAACAAAAAGCAGAGGCUGAUUACAAAGCUGAUCAUCCUCAGCAACUAAACAUAAAGAAAUCAAAAACAGUCAAAGAUAUGAAGGACAGCAGCUUGCCUCCACGUAAAGAAGUGAAAACACAUAUUUCUGAUGAAGAAAUCAAGAGUCGUGAUGAGUCGCCAAUAGCUAUAAAAGAAAAAGUAGAGCUAGGUCAGGAUAAGAAAGAAUUCCAUAAAUCGCCCAGAAGAGAAGUAAGAAAACAAGUUGAUGAAAUGUUACAAAAAGUAAAGCCUGAUAACAAAGAUGAUCACCCUGAGCAACUGCAAAUUACGAAAUCAAAAAUAGUCAAAGAUCAGAAGGACAUAAGCUUGUCACCACGUAAAGAAGUGAAAACACAUGUUUUUGAUGAAGAAAUCAGGAAUCGUGAUCAGUCGCCAAUAGCUGUAAAAGAAAAAGUAGAGUCAGUUCAGGAUAAGAAACAAUCUCAUAAAUCACCCAUAAGAGAAGUAAGAAAAUCAGUUGAUGAACCGUUACAACUAGUAGAGGCUAACCACAAAGAUGAUUAUCCUCAGAAACUGCACAUUACGAAAUCAAAAACAGACAAAGAUCAGAAAGACAGAAGCUUGUCACCACGUAAAGAAGUAAAAACACAUCUUUCUGAUGAAGAAAUCAGGAAACGUGAUAAUUCGCCAGUAGCUGUAAAAGAAAAAGUAGAUCCAGCUCAGGAUAUGAAACAAUCUCAUAAAUCGCCUAGACGGGAACUAAGAAGACCAGUAAGUGAAUUGUUACAAGAAGUAGAGGUUGAUCAUAAAGACGAUCAUCAUCAGCAACUGCACAUUACGAAAUCGAAAAUAGACAAAGAUUCAAAAUCUGAUUCAGGGAAGGAAGAAGUCGUCAAAGCACAAUCCAGGUACAUGUCCUGGUACAAGCAGAAAAGGGAAGAAAUGGAAAAGAAGAGAUUGGAUAGGAAACUUGCAGAAGAAGAGGAACAAAGACCUCGUUGGAUGAAAAGGUUAAGGGUCGCCAAACUAAGGGAACCUUCUACCAAACCAACUGAAGCUCAUCCAGAUGUAACUACAAAACCAAAGCAAAAAGUAAAACCUUCUGUUAAUGUUGAGUCUGAACAGCUGAAAGCCAUUGUUCGUCAAGGUAGAAAGAUGAGAAAGGCUGAAGGACACAAGGAAGAUCUUACUGUUCAGAUUUUUGCUCCUAAGAAACAACCUCCAGCUCAGGAAAGUUCAAUGCAACCAAAUCCAAAGCAUCCUCUGAUACAACAUUCAGAAUACAAGUAUGAGAAGAUUCCAAUUCCUUUUUAUCUGCAUCCUCCACCAGUUCCUCAUCCAUCACCGCAAUUGUCUCCGGAACAUUGUCCCAAUAAAGAACCAAGGAAAACUGAUGAUGAUUUAGAUUCUGGAAUUGCUGUUUCUCUACAAGGAAGCACGAGACUUAGACAUCAGCAGCUGUUGGAGAAGAAGAGUGUGUUCGAUAUUGCCUAUAAUGAGGCUGCACCUUCGCAUCUUCGUUCAGAUAGCAGUACACCUCCAUCUUGA